AUUAACAUAAUUAAUUUAAUUAAAAAUGUGUUAAUUUCCAAUAUUGGAAAAUUGUUGCGAUUUUGCGGAAAAACAUAUUAAUGUUAAUUAAGUAAACACGUCCGAGGCGUCCUUCAGUUGUUUAUUACAUCUUGACCUUAUCUUAUUCAGUCACCGGUGAACUUGCAUCGAAAAAACUCAAAAUGAAGCAUUUUAUGUUUGCUUUCUUCGUAUUUCUUUUCGUUCGUUUGAUGACAUCUUCAGUUUGCAACAAAGAAUUUGAAGAAACAUUUUGUGAAAACUACACAUUUUACCCCAAUCUAACAUUAAACAGUGCUGCCACCCACAGAGUGACAAUUCGUAACGCUAAAGGUUCGAUACUACCCGAAAAUUUUGCAAAACUUUUCCAAGUAACAGAGCUUAAAAUAAGCGAAAGUCAGAUAACAAGUGUAACAGCCGGAGCUUUGUGUUCUCUCCUUCCUAACUUGACUUCGAUCACAAUUUCAAACAAUCGUCAAUUUCCGAAAAUCACCAAAGAAGUUUUCCAGGGAUGUCAAAACAUUAAACGAAUCAUUUUAGACGACCUUCAAAUGGAGAAUAACGCACUGAUUGAUGCUUUAGAACUUCAGGCAUUGACACUAAACAAUACGAUUUUCCCGCCACGUUUGGAAGGUCUGGACUCGGUGAAAUCUCUAACUGUGCAACACUCAAACUAUACAAUAAUCGAAAAAGACUUGUUUAUACAUUUGAAGAGUUUGAAAUUUUUGGAUUUACAAUAUAAUAAAAUUCGAACUAUAGUACCGGGAAGUUUUGAGCAGCUGAGCCAACUGAAAGUAUUAAAUUUGGCCGACAACGAAUUAGAUUUGACAUGGAAUGAGUUUGAUGGAUUGAAAUCGUUAAAAGUCUUGUUUUUGGAACGCAACAAAUUUACUAAAGUUAAUGUGACAAAGUUGGUAGCAAGUCUUCCGAAUUUGGAGCGAAUUUUCUUCAGUCCCGACCAACUAGAGACGAAAAAUCGCAAAGAAAUCGAAGACAUUUUUCCCAAAUUGAAUAUCACGUUUAUUUACGGUUUUAGUAAAUAAAUCUAUAAUUAUGUACUAAUUUUUUCAUUUUCUUUCGUUGUUGAAAAUUCUGAAAACUCAAAAAAUGCGCUGAAUCGGAUGUUUUAUUUCAAAAAUUAAAAUUCUAGUGUUUUUCAUUUUCACUCUUAUUGCCAACAUAAGAGUUUGACAUUUGUUAGUGGCAAAAACUUUGUUGUGAAGGUUAAAACGUGUAAACAGUUCUAAAAUUUUAAUUUGGAUAAAAUCAUGGCUAAAGAAGAAGAAGACGAUAAAUUACCAGAUCAAGAUGCUGCAAAAGAGUUUUAUGCAAAAUAUGAACCAAAGGAAAUUCUUGGAAGAGGAAUAAGUUCGACCGUUCGCCGAUGUAUUGAAAAAGAAACGGGUAAAGCGUUUGCGGCAAAAAUAAUCGAUUUAAGCAAUGAUAACAACAGUGAAGGUGUCUCAGCUAAAGAGGCAACGAAGCAAGAAGUUGCCAUUUUGCGUCACGUGGCCGGCCAUUCGUACAUUAUUGAAUUACAAGACGUUUUUGAAUCACCCACGUUCAUAUUUUUGGUUUUUGAAUUGUGCAAAAACGGUGAAUUGUUUGAUUAUCUCACCUCAGUGGUGACUUUGUCAGAGAAAAAAACAAGGUAUAUAAUGCGGCAGGUGUUGGAAGGAGUGGCGCAUAUACACGCUAGAAAUAUAGUCCAUAGAGACCUUAAACCGGAAAAUAUCCUUCUUGACGAUAAUCUCAACGUAAAAAUUACCGAUUUUGGUUUUGCAAAAAAAUUAGCAGAGGGAGAAUUGGUUCAUGAAUUGUGUGGAACUCCGGGUUAUUUAGCACCGGAAACUUUAAAGUGUAGCAUGUUUGAAGACGCUCCCGGCUAUUCGUAUGAAGUUGACGUGUGGGCUUGUGGUGUCAUUAUGUACACACUUUUAGUAGGUUGUCCCCCGUUUUGGCACCGCAAACAAAUGGUCAUGUUGCGUAACAUAAUGGAGGGGAAGUACUCGUUUUCCUCGCCCGAAUGGGCCGAUAUUUCAGAGGAACCAAAGGAUUUGAUUCGACGUUUACUAGUAGUCGACCCGAAACAACGCAUUUCAAUUGAUGACGCGUUAAGGCAUCCGUUCUUCCAUACGAUGAAAUUACAUCAUCGUAAGUUUCAAGCCCGACAAAAAUUCCAAUGGGCCAUUUUGGUGGUUAGGGCAAUGAUACGUUUACAACGAUUGAAGUUUACACCGGAACCUUUGAGUUUGGAUACGGCUAGGACCGAUCCAUAUCGUGUUAAACUUUUGAGAAAAAUUGUUGAUGGUUGUGCGUUUCGAGUUUAUGGACAUUGGGUGAAAAAAGGCGAAGGGCAAAACAGAGCCGCCCUUUUUGAAAAUAUACCAAAAACCGAAUUGAAACAUAUCUACGUCACCAAUUUAAGCCGAUAACAAAUCGGCUUCUGUUUAGUUUCAAUUUAGACUAAUUAAUAACUCGUUUGUGAUAAUUUUUAAUUUACGUCCUUAGGAAAUGUGUUUGGUUUCUUGCUGUUUUUAUGUACAUCAUAAAUCUGUAUUAUCAAUAAAUUAGAGAAAAGAA